CAGCAGCCGCCGCCGCAGACCCACAACAACGCCGACCCCGCCAUGGCCGGCACCACGGCACCGACCGUGAUGCCAUUCUACGGGAACUCGGCCACCCCAGUAGGUGUACCUGGACAGCAGCAGCAACAGCAGCAGCAACAGCAGCCAGCCACUGGCAUGAUUGAGGCAGCAUUUGCACCACCCCUGAGGGAACGCUACACUAACUCCGUCUGGCACCCAGCAGCUGCUGGCGAUCCAAAUGGUGUUGCUGCAUGGACUCCGCAAGGACAGUUCAUUCAACAGUUACCUCCACAAUUGGAUGAUCUGAGAUAUCACCACCAUACACAAUACACUGCCUACCAUCAACCGACAGUAAGUUACCAGCCACAGCAGUCGCAGACGGCAGUGUUCGAUCAGCAACCCCCGACUGCAGCUGUGUUCCAACCGCAACCACAACAACAGCAGGCGCCACAGCAGCAGCCCCAGCAGGCACCGCAGCAACAGUACGGCAGCAGGCCUCCCUCGUCACCGGCACAGGCUCAGGCGCCUCGUGGCUCCUACUCGCAGCCUCACACCCCGCAGCCUUCACCGCAACAGGCAAACCAUUCAGGUGCUACAGGCAUUCCAGCCAAUGGUCCUGUAAAUGGUCAUGGGGGGGCAGUCAGUGGAGGGUCCAAUGCCAGUGUGCACAGAAAUGGAACUGUCAAUGGUGGAAACCAGUACAUAGAUGCCUCACCAGGUAGUCAGUUCUCGGAACAACGAGAAUACGUUAAUGGAAACUACAACCCAUCACAGGAUGUGACAAUGGCACCACCUCCGUCGACAACCCCCACUAGCAGGAGCAGUUCUGUGCACAUGGAUCCCAGUGGCACAGACAGUUUGGUCAACAGUGGCACAAAUAAAGCAAAUGCUUACAGUAAUCAGACACAGAAUGCUACCGGUCACCCAAACGCCUUGCCUGGAUACCUACUCCACCCCCAAAUGCAACACCAACAUCAACAGCAGAGUUCACAGAACUCUAGCUCCAGUAGGUAUCCAGGCCAGGAAAACAUCAUGGGGGACUUAUGGGAGGGCAGCCGCCAGCAGCAAGGGUGGCAGUCGCAGGAAGGAAAUGAGCCAGAGCCUGGAGGGGAACCUCCGUUUCGAGAAAGGUCGAAUUUGAAUAGCAGACUGAAGACCAUGAUCCUUAACAAACAGCAGCAGCAGCAACAACAACAGCAAGUUAACCAACAGCAGUACAACCAGCAAGCACAAACACAGCUUAAUGGAGCCUUUUCCACAGAUCGCCCACAUGAAAGUUCUGACGGUAAUUUUUUAGUGCGAGGCCACCAUCCUCAGAACCAUCCGUCCACAGUGACGUCUGAGGGUGGUGGCUUCCCGUGGGACUGGGUAGGGGGAAAUGGUCCUGAAGUGGAUGCUGGUGCUCUCUCGGCAAUGGAGAACUUUAUCAAAUAUGCCACUGGUGGAGAUGAAAGGGAACAAAGGAAAAGUGGAAAUAGUCUUAGCCCUGCCAACUGGCACUCUCCAUCUGCUCAGGCAGCAGCUGAAAAAAUGGAGCAACAUAGGUCUGAAUCUUUUGAAGAGAGUUCUUCCAAAGGUCAGGGUGCAUCAGUAUUUAAAACACUGCAAGGAGAAACGGUGCCAUUUAAACGCACAGUGAAUGCUGAAGUGGCAUUUGAUCGACAACAGAACAAUCCUGUUUCAGCAUUUAAGUGCCAACAAAAUAAUGAAGCAGCAUUCCAACUGCAACAGCACACUAAUGACACUGUUUUUAAAAUGCAACAGACCAACAACUCGGCAUUUGAGUGUCAGCAGCGUAAUAGUGAAACGUCGUUCAUGUGCCAGCAGAACAGUGAAACGACACUACAUCAGCGUCACCAGCAAAAUACUCAGACUGGAUUAGGAGAUCAACAGAAGGACACAGAGAUGAGUUUUAAAUGCCAGCAACAAGAAACAGAAACAGGCUUCAAAACUCAGCAAAAUAUUGAGACAGCAUUCCAGGUGCAACCAAACAUUGAUGUGGGAUAUAAGUGUCAGAAACAGAAUAGCAAAUCACCAUUUAAAAGUCAACAACAGAGUAGUGAUUCGGCAUUCAAAUGUCAGCAAAAGCCAGAAGCAGUAUUUACUCUUCCGCAGCAAAGUAAUGAGCCCACAUUUCAAUGUCAGCAGCAAGAUGUCAACCCUGCAUUCAAACAACAGUCAAAUAGUGAUACUAUUUUCAAUUGUUCUCAGACCACAGAGGCCUCUUUUAAAUCUCAAAGUAAUUUGGAUCCAAAACUAAAAUCUCUUCAAAGCACUGAAUCCACCUCUAACAGUCAUCAUCCUCAAGAUGAAAACUUUGCUUGCCAUCAGAAUAACCAAUCAUUAUUCAAGUAUCAACAGAACCAUGAUACCACAGCAAAAAAUCAGCAAAAGAAUGAUCCAAAUUUCAAAUGCCAGCAGAAAACUGAGUCAACUUUUCAGGGACAACAGCUUGGUGAAUCAACAUUUAACUUUCCUUUCAACACGGACCCAAGCUUUAAACCUGAAAAUGGCCAAAAACAGCAAACAGCAGAAUCACCAUUUAAAUGUCCCCAGAGAAAUGAAAAAGCCUGUAAUUAUCAACAAGAUAGCUGCACAACUUUCAAGACCCAACAGCAGUCUAAUAAUAGCAACACAAAUUUCAAAUGUGUACCUGGUAUUGAUGUUGCCUUCAACUGUCAACAGGGUGUGGAAUCAGCAUUUAAGUGUCAGCCAGAAAGCAAGACAUCAUAUGAGGAACAGCAGAAGGUUAUGGAGACAGCAUUCAAGCCUCUUCAGCCUGCAGAUGGAUCGUAUGAUCAAUGUCGGCAGGCUCCAGCAGGAUUUAAAUGCCAGGCGACCAAUGUCCAUGCUUAUCAUCAUCAGCAACAAGGAGGAGAAAGAAAUCAAUCAGGUCAAACAGUGCCUUUUCACCAACAAUCAAAUGAAGGAAUCUUUCCAUGUCAACAAGACACAGGUAUAUCAUUGCAUAGUCAGAAAACUGUCACUGGAAUGGGGGAAGCACCUUCAAGUGAUAGGCAUUUUCAGACUGGAACUAGAUAUGAAAGUGGUGAAUUUAUGGACGAUAAAUCAUUUCAUCAACAAAUGGGUAUAGGAGUAUUUCAGCAAAAGCCAGAACAGCAAGACAAUAACACAUAUGGACAAUCAGUGAAGACAGAGGCGAGGCCACAGACACCACCAAUGUCUCCUUCUCAUUCCAAAGGUACUUAUCCUUUCAAAGGAGAUGGAGGCCCUACCCCUUUGGAGAAUAUGUCAGGUUCGUGGUGUUGUCGACGUGGUGGAACUGAUACGCCAGCACCAGAACACCUUCGUGAUGGCUGCUGCCAAGGUCUUCAGACAGCAGACGAGCUAGACACUGGCCAGAACUGGGGUGAUGGACCUCCCACACCAACAUCUGGAGCAGCAAGAGAAUUGCAAGAACAUGUCGAAAGGCUGAAAAACAAUGCUCGUACUGAAGUUCCUGACUGCUCAUGUUUUACAGCUGACAAAAGCCCACCGGAACCAGGCUCUUACUACACUCACUUGGGAGCAGGUCCAAAUCUUCCUGACCUACGCAAAGAUGUAGAGUCAAGGACAGGUCUCCAAGGGAAAGCCAUCCGUUUUGAGAAAGUUGUUUACACUGGCAAAGAAGGCAAAACUCAGCAGGGGUGUCCACUGGCCAAAUGGAUAAUACGUCGUUCUUCAGUAGAUGAAAAAAUAUUGUGUAUUGUAAAACACCGCCAGGGUCACAAGUGUUCUACAGCAUGGAUAGUAGUGGUAAUGGUUGCAUGGGAAGGCGUGCCAGCUGUUGAGGCUGAUCGUGCCUAUGGUCUCUUAACGCACAAGUUGAAUCGCUUUGGCCUGCCGACAACUCGCCGCUGUGCCACAAAUGAACCUCGUACUUGUGCCUGUCAGGGAUUGGAUCCUGACACAUGUGGUGCUUCUUUUUCUUUUGGAUGUUCAUGGUCUAUGUACUACAAUGGGUGCAAGUAUGCCCGUAGUAAGACAGUGCGCAAAUUCAGGCUAUCAGUCCGUUCAGAGGAGCAAGAGGUGGAGGAGCGAAUGCAUGUUCUAGCAACUCUCCUGUCACCACUGUAUCAGACACUUGCCCCAGCUGCAUUUCAGAACCAGACUCAGUUUGAGCGAGAAGCUUCUGAAUGCCGAUUAGGAUUCAAGCCUGGAAGGCCAUUUUCUGGAGUCACAGCCUGUCUUGACUUCUGUGCCCAUUCUCAUCGAGAUCUGCACAACAUGAAUAAUGGGUGCACUGUGGUUGUGAGUCUAACAAAGCAUCGAAACCUGUCAAAGCCAGAUGAUGAGCAGCUGCAUGUACUUCCACUGUACAUCAUGGAUGAAACAGACGAGUUUGGAAGCAAGGAAGCACAGGAGGCCAAGGUCAAGAGCGGGGCCAUCGAGGCUCUAACAAAAUACCCAUGCGAAGUCAGAGUUCGCUCAGUUCCACUUCAGCCUUGUCGACGACACGGCAAGAAGCGCAAAGAAGACGAGCCAGAUGCUGUCAUAAAGCCUCCCAAAGAAACAAAUACGUCAUCAGCAAAUACCACCAACAGUGUUACGGCAGCAGCAGCAACUGCAGCAGCUGCUGCAAGAGCUGGUCUGGGAGCCGAUGUAAUGACAAGUAUGCUAGAAGGGAUGGAGGCGCAGCUGCAGAGUUCACAAGUCUCAUCCACUGUACUGGACACUCCAAUGCCCGUAUACCAGGGUUGGGGCUACGAAGCACGGACUACCGCAGCCGAUAUGUACCACCCUCGACAUCGCCCGUGGGGCUGGGGAACACCCGAAUUCGAGCCGGACAGCACGAGCAGCCUCGCAGGAAAUCCCUUUGUUGGGAGCCCGCAGCCCAGUACCAGCCCAUUUGUACAGCAGUCACCACAGCAGCAGUGGCAGGGUAGCAGCCCAUAUCCUCAGCGCUCUGCUUCAGUGACUGCGACGGCUGCAACAGCUCCUCGUGCGUCACCUAGCAAGUCGCCUUCACCAGGUUCUCCAUGGACACAACAGCCAACGUGGGACAGUUCUAGUACUGCAACCACUGCAACCACCCCCACAUCUCCAACCCAGGCAUCACCGUUUCGUGUACCGAAAGCGAGACCUCCUUCACGAACAACAGCAUCAGUGGCUACUACAGAAUCCAUGUCCACCUACAGCAAAAGCUUUUUGAAACCAUUUACACCACCUAGUGAAAAGGGAACAAGUUCAGAAGGAGUUAGUGGACUAACAGAUGCCUGGCAACGUCAACAGGCAGCUGCAGCAGCAGCGGCGGCAGCAGCAGCCCAGGCACCAGUCAAACAGGAAAGUCCUGCAUGGGGGGACUUCCGGUAUGGAGGCACUGGUUAUGGACAUCAACCAUUCUAUGGCUAUCCUCCAACCUAUCCUACACCAGAUGGAUACGGGUAUCCGUAUGCUGAUCCACUGAAGCAAGAAGCUGCUGCUGCUUGUUACCACGCAUCUGCUGCAUACCACCACCAGUUCCGAUGGGAUCUGUAUGGGCAUGCUCAUCCCUUCUUCCCACCGCCAGUGCCAGAACCACCUCGUGCAGAGCCAAUAGGUGAAGUUACAGGUUACUGUGAUAAUGAAGAAUGUUUCAAGGAUUCACAAAUGGGAGGUGUGGCCAUAGCUUUAGGUCAUGGCUCUGUGUUAUUUGAGUGUGCCAAGCACGAGCUGCACGCGACAACGGCCCUGCGGAGACCAGACAGACUACGACCCACACGCAUAUCUUUAGUUUUCUACCAACAUCGAAACUUAAACCGUGCCAAACACGGAUGGGACGAAUGGGAAGAAAAGAUGCGCCUUAGGAAACUCGGUGUUACAACAUCGGCUUCAACUCCCUCAUCGCCGUCCUCUGCACAGACAUCCACACGCCCAUCGACACUGCCUCCUACUGACCGUCCUCCCACCUACACGGCACAGUUCCUUAUGCGAACACCGACUUAUACGACCACGACCUGGACAACCUUGUUUCCAAUGCACCCUUGCAUGGUAACAGGUCCUUACCAGGAAGGUGGUGCGGUUGGAUAGCCCCACGCAAACAGCUGCAGAUAAGAAGGCAGCUGCUGCAGCUUAACAACUGUGUGAGAACUGUGAUUCACUGCUGCUUUUGACUUCCAGGUGCUUCUGUAUACUAAGGCUGUAUCACUUUAGUACUUGUUUUGUUUCUCAUUCCUUAGGCGAGAAGACAAUGUGUGUUUUCCUCUGGUGAGUCAAUAGACACUACGUAGUGUGUGCAUUUAGUGUGUGUAUUACACACUUGCUGAGUGCUCAUAUAUAAGCUGUAUCACAUAGGUGGAAGUAAGUGUGGUGAGGACACAGUGCAAAACAUCUUCAGUGUUACUUUGAGACUGCUGCUGCCACUUUGCAUCUUGCAAACCUUUAUUUUGAAUAUGUUGCAACCGAUGCAUCAAAUGAUGCAAUGAUUGCUAUAAGUCCUCAGAAGAGUGUUCAAAUACUGGGUUCAUCUGCUUUAUAGUACACUGAUUAAUUGUACUAGCUAUAUAGGGAGAACUGUAUCAUACUUCUUGAUGCUAACUUAUUUUGUAUUAAAUUGUCAUACAGAUGUGCUAAAAUGAUACAGUUUUUUCUAUCAAUCCAUAGUAACACAGUACAGUUCUGGUAAAACAACUUGGUUACUUUUUCUUUUGUUUGUCAAUAAUUCAUCAAGAUUUUCACCACUGUGGAAGCAUUUAAACUAAAAGCUUGAAGUGGUAACAUAACUAUCUCGUUUCCUAGUCCUCACAUAUUAAGUUUCAUUCUUGUUUUGCCAGUUGUAUAUUAAUGCUUCCUAGUCCGAAAUCUCAGAAGCCAAUAGUUGUUUAUUUUUAUUACUUAUUUCCUCUACCUCCACUAGUCAACAUAAAUUGACUGACAUGUCCUGAAAUUUAUCUGCAGCUGCAAUAAUUUCAUUUAUUGUCUGGGUACAACUUCUUGAACUGAUCUAACAAAAAAAUUUUAAAUAUGAGAAUAUAAUUUAUAUUUAGUCUAAGUCAUAACCUUGAUCUGUGAUUGUAAGAAGAUGCCUAAUACUAAGUUUUGAUGGAUUUCAUCUCAAAUCUUAGACAAACAGACAUCACAGUUAAUUUUCACAAUUCUAGCACACCUGAAAGUACUCUCACAAAGUAUACGUUGUUUUCGUUCCAUUUGACUCUGAACGUUGCAGCUGAAUCUAUGCAGUUGCUGUCUAGAUUCUAAGUGUCUGCAUGCAGUCGUUCUUACCAUUACGUAGCUAGUCCAGUUUCCCAGGUAUUUUACUGAACUAUUUUAUUCUAAUGUAGAUAAUAUACUAAUUUAAGCUGCCUUGUGGCAAUGCACUGAUCUCACAUCAUGUAUUACUAACUUGCUGUGGUAGAAUAGUGCUGCAGUCUGUAAUUUUAAGAGUGGGAGAUUCACUGAAUUAAGUUCCAUGAACUGAUUUUUAAAAAGCUCAAAACUAGUGUAUUAUUUAUUUAGACAGAAUGUGUUUCAGCCCACCACUGAUGUGAUCAGAAUGCAAAUGUAAAAGCUGCCAUUUUGAAGCUAAAUACAUUUGUCCUUUCACGUUGUCACAAAAAGAAACUGACUGAAUCAUUGUCCUUUGCAGGACUGCUUACAUGUUAUAAAACAAUGGAGGAGUUGACUGUUUGAGAAUUUCUUUAAAUUUUAAUGGCUUUUAACUUAUUUAAUGGAAAGGGUGCGAAAGCAGGUGAAAUAUUUUUGCUUUCGGAGUGAGCCUUCUUUCGUUCCCUCCUCAAUUCCCAAUUUCCACCUCAUUCUAGCAUAUAGGAAAUCCAUGGAAAACUCUGUCUCUCCUGCAUUUCUAAAAUAAAUCACUCAAAAUCCCAAAAGAUUGCUCUAUUUUUGGAAGCGAGUCAUGAUUACUGUGUUGAAGUAAAUUAAGAGAUGAAAAAGACUAGUAUUUUGACAAUAUGAUAUUUCAUUUAUAAUUUAAUUUAUACUAAGUGAUCUAUUUGUACAUAUAUGUUUGUGAUUUUAUACAUAUUUUUGUUCAUUUAAUGUAAUUAAUACAAGCCUAUUGGUUUGUAACUAUUUAUUGUUCACGUGAUCAACUUCAUAAGAAUACAGAAAAUGUGGUCAUAUUGCCAGAUGAAAUGUUUGUUAAAUGGUAUCAUUUUGUUUUGUUAUUGUAGCAAUUUAAUGCUCAAGCUCAUUUGGUCUCUAAAAGAGAGAACUCGUUGUAUGGGUCAGCGUAAUUUUUCUUUAAACUCAUAAUGGCAGUUAUGCAUCUCAUUGUUAGAAAGCAGUAUUUAUUAAUAUGUUUUAGUGUGUUGCCAAGUAUGAAAUUGUUUUGCUCGUGUUGUGUUCAAUAUGUGUUCAGAUUUUCUGUGAGAUGUGUAAAGUUAGAAAACUGUGGGCCAGAAUACUCUGAGAUACCAAUUUAUUACUUACAAAUUGUCAUCUUAGACUACCAUUCACAUGCUAAUGAUAUGUCUUCAAGACAUAUAUUCAUUCAGAAAAUUUCACACAUAAAUUAAAAUUAGCAAGUGAAAGGCAAAAUAUCAAAUGGUGCAGCAUUUCUUUGAAAGAAAAAAAUCCUAGUCACAAUAUAAUGUGGACAUCAUUUGUUUAUUAUGGUAGUUUAAAAAGACUAUUUGUAUCAGUUUUAGUUUGGAAGUACAUAAAUGUCUCAUUGUGGUUUUAUUUUGACUGUAAUUUAAAUUUUUAUUUAUUAUGAAGAUAGCUCAGUGAUGAUUUCCACAAUCAUAAUAAAUUUUCUUUCAGAAGCUCAUGAAUAAAGUACAAUUUUAAUAUAUAUUUUAAAAUAAAUCCCCUAUUCACGUAUGCUAAGCCCCUUUUGUAAUAAAAGUUAAAAAGUUAAAAAUGUAGUGUUUUAGGUGUAGUGACACAGUACUUUAGUACAUGUCGCUGCUUUGAAGUGCCAAGGUUAUUGUGACAGUAGAUGCCAACUUUUACUUCAUGUACAAAUCCGGCCCCUUAAUGAUGCCUUCAAAUUUUAGUUUUCUAGCAAGCUCCAUGUUUCCCAAUCAAGAACCCAUAAACAACAUUUUUGUAAUAAAACUAAAACAUUAAAAUUAACAAAAACAGAAGUGUGCCCUGUAUAGAUUAGACUACUGUGUACAUCCUUCCAAAAGAACAAUGUUUUAUAUGCAUAUAUAUAAAAAGUAAUAAAAUAUUCAAAUUAAUUUUUAAAUAUCAUCUGAUGUUGUCCAUGAAGUUGGAUUUAAUAAAAAAAGACUAGUUUUACAAGAUGACAUAAUUUUGUGAAAAGAGUUUAUAAAAAAUAUGGUAGUCUGUUAGCGUUUGUGUGUUCAUAAAUUUUUGUGUGAGAAAGCAGAUACUAUAAAACACAUUAGAAAAACUUUUGCAAUGAAACAGAAAAAUUCAAAAAUAUAUUAUCAGUACAAUAUCAUUUUUCACAUGAGAAUGGAUAAAUAAUGAGUAUAUAUAUUUAUAUACUUUGUAUAUAUAUUUUUGACACUUUGUGUAAAAGGAUGUAACUGAAAUCCCAUUUUGAACUAAAAAUGAACAAAUGUUGAAGUUUUAGGGAAAACAUUGUGUAAGACUAUAGAAGUAUGAGUCUGUGGUAAUUUUCUGUCACAUGAUUCAGGAAGUACACUUUCUUUUCUUGAUGCAGGAAAAUUUUUCAUAAUUGUACACAAAAGUUUAGGCAGUUCCCAAACAUGCACAAAUGUGUUCUACAACAUCCCUUCAAGCUUUGUUUUAAAGUGUCUAGAAUAAAACAGCCCCGUAGAAUUGUAAUCUUAUAAAAUAAGUAAUGAUAAGUAAUGUAGUUGUGAGUGAACGUAAUUAAUAAGUGUAAUUGUUUUCUUUUUUAUUGUGAAUAUAGCCACACUUUGUGAAUAUUUCUGAAAAAUUGUUAUUUCAUUUAUCCUUGAUGAAACAACGCACCAAAGUGUUGUGCAGACUCUCCUGUCAACUGACUGUAGUAUACUUAAAAUAUUGCAAUGUCCUUAUUUCUUAUUUCCUACAUCCCAUUAUGAAUUGGCUUCAUUGUUUUAAGAAUGGUGUCUCCUCUGUAGUCCACAAAUCUUUACAUCGAUAAAACAUACAACUCAAUACUAUGAUCUAGUCAAAAAAAUAAGUCAUAGAAGCAAGGUUCGAGAUGUCACUCCUUUUUACAGGAUGUAUGUGCCCUGUGACAAUUGGGAAAUCUGGAAAAAAAAACUGGUAAUUUUUCAUUGUU